GUGCCACUGUUCACACCCCAGCCACCCUCCCAGGAACUUCUAAAAGGCCCAGUCCGGAAAUGUGGCCUCUGCUGCCCUCUAAUGGAGGAAGGCAGCGCUGGAGCCCCCACUAACCUGGCCUCCCUGAAACAAAAGGGCAUUCCUGCCUGCCCUUAGACUUGAUUCCCCUAGAAUCUUGAGCUUUGCUUCCUGCAGUCUCUGAGGCAGAACCUUCUGUUCUUUGAGGAGCCCUGACUGUCCCAGUUCCCAACUACCACCCUCCAUCUCCCAUUUCUCCAGUUUCCUUUGUUGCCUGCGUUCCGAUUCUGGUGCCCUGGUGCCUGGCCCUAACAGGGUUCUGGUUCCGGAAGGCCCCUGCCAGGUGCCUCAGGCCUCGCUCCCACCCAGGCACAAGGUGGCACUGAAGACAUGGGCGUGAACUUCCCCCAGUGUGUGAAGCAGCUGGACAUCCGCAAAGCUAUAGUGAGCCUGGCCACAGGUGCUGGGGCCAUCUACCUACUCUACAAAGCCAUCAGGGCAGGUGUAAGAUGCCAGCCUCCCCUCUGCACCAACUCGCCCAUCUGCAUCGCCCGUGAGUGUCCGGGCCCUAGGGAGAGGGCUGUGUCCCAGGAGGUACCCGCUUCCGAGGCUUCCAGUGUGGGAGGGCCCAAAGGCUUGGCAAUCGAGCGAGAGCGGCAUGGGCGGGACUCAGGUGAGCUCCGGAGGCUCCUCAACUCUUUGGAGUGCAAACAGGACGAGUACGCCAAGAGCAUGAUCCUGCACAGUAUCACCCGCUGUGUGUACUUGCUGGAGGCUGAGGCCUCUGCUUGUUCUACUGAUGACAUCAGGUUGGUGGGCGAAAUGCUGGAUGACGAGGACAACAGUGUCAAAAUCCAAGCUCUGAACACACUUAAAGCUUUCUCUGGCAUCAGAAAAUUCAGGCUCAAAAUCCAGGAGCAUAGCAUCAAGGUGCUGGAACUGGUCUCCACCAUCUGGGACUCAGAGCUGCACGUCGCAGGCCUCAGACUCCUCAACAGCCUCCCACUGCCUGAUUUUGUGCAUCCACAGCUGCGACGGGUGAUGCCUGCAUUGAUGGAGAUCCUGCAGUCAGACUAUAUCCUGGCACAGGUGCAAGCCAUAAGACUGCUGAGCUACCUGGCACAGAAGCACGACCUUCUCUAUGAUAUUCUCAACUGCCAGGUGCACGACAACUUCCUGAACCUGUUCCAGGCGACACAGUCAGGGAGUUUGCUGUUCGAGGUACUGGUGUUUGCUGAGCGGCUGAGUGAGGGCCGGAAUUCACCUCAUUACCGAGCUGUGAAAUGGCAUUACAAUGAACAGUCUCUGCAUGAAGCUCUCUUUGGGGAUGAGUCACGACUGGCAGACCGGCUGCUUGCCUUGGUUAUCCACCCUGAGGAGGAGGUUCAGAUCCAGGCCUGCAAAGUCAUCGUCAGUCUGCAGUGCCCUCCAGAAGUGGGAUGCCGGCCUUCUUCCUGCCAGCCUAGUCAUUCCUACUUUAAUAAUGGGGAAUAAAAUUAAGGAGAGCCAAUAAAUGAAUAUGGAAGAGAA